UUGCACGGGCAACGAUUCACAGGCGCAGAAAGCAGUCGUUCUGUCCGCGUCAUUCCGUCCGCUAUCCACAUUCCGCUCAAAAAUAUUCCCCAAGCUGUUUGUUUUCAAGAAGCGAUUUCGACAAGUUUAUUAGAUUACGCAGUCCGUUGCAGUAAUAAAAAGAAUGACUUCUCCCUCUAUUACAAAGUCACCAGACAAUCAAAAGAGCAAUAA